UGACAGAGAAACAUUCCAACUUGGAUCCAACGGGUGUGGAUGUGAUUUCAUCAAGUGUUUCUGUUCCACCAAAUUUGAAUGAAGGCGUGUGCUCGACAUUGUCAAGUUAAUUUCUGAUUGGGCGUGUGGUGGACGUAUGUCAGACAUAUGCGCGCCGUGGGCGUGUGUCGGCGUGUUUGUAAAAAGGAAAAAAGAAAUAGGCAGAUCGGAGUGCGGUGCUUCAGUGUGUGUAUGCGCGGAGAUAGGUGAUGGUUAGAGGAGAUGCAAGUGGUGUCGGCCUCAGCUCUCCAAAGCUGUAGGCUUUGGUUGAGAGGCGUGGCGCGCUUUGCCCCUCCAUACCGAAAACCACCUGUAUGGAUGACCAGACCUUCAGCGUGAUCCAGUCGCCCUCGUCCGCAAGGCUCAGGGGCAGCAACGUGACCGACAGCCAGGGUUAUGUCGAGGUGGAGAGGGGCUUCAUGACGGUGGAAAACAUGCUGGAGGAGUCCGCCGUGCUCUCGGCGCCUCACCUGCCGGCGGGUCGAUAUGAGCGUGCUAGCCAGGGAUGCUGCGAGAGGGUGGUGAUCAACAUUUCGGGUUUACGCUUCGAGACGCAACUUAAAACUUUCAACCAGUUCCCAAACACACUGCUGGGGGACCCCAUGAAAAGGAUGCGCUACUUUGACCCACUGAGGAACGAGUACUUCUUUGACAGGAACAGACCAAGCUUUGACGCCAUCCUGUACUACUACCAGUCAGGGGGGCGCAUACGGAGACCUGUUAACGUCCCCAUUGAUAUUUUCUCCGAGGAGAUCAGGUUUUAUCAACUCGGAGAGGAGGCCAUGGAGAAAUUCCGUGAUGAUGAAGGGUUUAUAAAAGAAGAGGAGCGCGUACUGCCCAAGCGUGAUUUCCAAAAGCAGAUUUGGCUUUUGUUUGAGUAUCCUGAAAGCUCUGGACCAGCAAGGGGAAUAGCCAUCGUUUCAGUGCUUGUUAUUUUGAUUUCAAUAGUUAUUUUCUGCAUGGAGACUCUGCCGGAAUUUCGGGAUGACAGAGACCAAGCCACAGUGGCACCCACUGUCAAUGGCACUGCCCCACACGUGCCAAGCCCGUUCACAGACCCCUUCUUCGUGAUAGAGACACUGUGCAUCAUAUGGUUCUCUUUCGAGUUACUGGUCAGGUUUUUUGCCUGCCCCAGCAAAACUUCAUUCUCCAAAAACAUCAUGAAUAUAAUUGACAUCGUUGCCAUAAUCCCCUACUUCAUCACUUUGGGGACCGAGCUGGCCGAGAAGGAACCCAACAGCGGCCAGCAGGCGAUGUCCCUCGCCAUCCUGAGGGUGAUCAGACUGGUGAGGGUCUUUCGCAUUUUUAAGCUGUCACGACACUCAAAGGGACUUCAGAUUUUGGGACAGACCCUCAAGGCCAGCAUGAGGGAGCUCGGCUUGCUCAUAUUCUUCCUUUUCAUCGGAGUUAUUCUCUUCUCCAGCGCGGUUUACUUUGCAGAAGCAGAUGACCCCUCGUCCAGUUUCACCAGCAUCCCGGAUGCAUUUUGGUGGGCAGUGGUCACCAUGACCACAGUAGGAUAUGGAGACAUGCAUCCGGUGACCAUUGGUGGGAAAAUAGUGGGGUCCCUGUGUGCAAUAGCAGGCGUGCUGACCAUUGCCUUACCCGUGCCAGUGAUUGUGUCCAAUUUCAACUACUUUUACCACAGGGAGACUGAUGGAGAGGAGCACCCACAGUACGUGCACACAGGCAGCUGUGAGCACCUCCCAUCGGAGGAGCUGAGGCGGUCAUGCAGCUCCUCGUCCCUCAGCAAGUCUGAGUACAUGGUGAUAGAGGAGGGCAUCAACAGUGCGUUCAAACAGCCCAACUUCACCACCGAAAGCAACCAGAACUGCGUGAACAUCAAAAAGAUCUUCACAGACGUGUAAAGGAACAGCAGAAUGGAUCAUUAAUGGAGCAUGAAGAAACAGUAGCUAUAAUAUUUUUUAUAUAGACAAUCAUAAUGUGUCAGUCCAUAUCUGUGGAUAAACGCUGCGCAAAUGUCCGUUUUAACAAGUCAUUUAUCCUUUUAUUUGCUUCCAGUGUGUAGGGUAUUCACAUUGAGUAACAAAGUAUUAUUAUGACCCUAAAACAUUUGCACAGGAAAAGUAUUCAUUUCGGCACAAGCUGGAGUCAGAAAAACAUUUAAAGGUAGUGGCUUGUUAAAUCAUAUUUUUGCAGUGUAGGCUAUAGUGCCACACGAUGCCUGCAUAUCUUGAUGUUUAUGCGAAAGUUGUUUGUGUUCAUGAUUGGGAUACACGUGUAAAAUAGUCUAUUACAGCCUAUUGCAAAAAAACACAAAAAAACAUCGACGUCUUGUGCUUCGUGGAAGAAAAGUUUCAUUGUCCAGUAAUGUAGGCCUAAUGAAUAGACUAUGGUAAUUAAUAUAGCCGAAUGCCUGUUUUAGGUUAUAUUUAAUAUCAUAACCUGUCGAGAUGUUGGACUCUGAGUCUUGUUCAGAUUAUUAUUCAGGUACAAACACAGUGGUGUAGAUCUUAUCAUAGAUGUCGAGCUUUUCGUAAAAUUGUAUUUUUAUUCAGAACUGCCUAUAUCGCCUAUAUUAAAUA